AUGAAAAAUUAUGAAUCUUUUGAAAAAGAAUUUAUUUCUUCAACAACAUUUUCUCCUUCUCGCCAAUUUAACUACAAACAAAAAAUUGCAAUUCACGCAAUAGUUUCUGGUUUACAUGGAAAUAUUCCCUAUAUUUUAUUUGGACCUCCUGGAACUGGAAAAACUGUAACUUUGGUUGAAUCUGUUAGAUUAAUUUGUGAAAAUGAUUCUAUGGCUAGAAUACUUGUUUGUACGCCGUCAAAUACUGCAGCAGAUGCCUUUACUCUUUGUUUAAUGUCCACAAAUGCUUUUACCUCAGGUUCUAUUCUUCGAAUAUUUUCACUUUCAAAAGCUGUAUAUGAACAAAAUGAUGCCUUAUUUGAUAAAAAUCAAAGCGUUUUGUGUAUAAAAGACUCGUCAGAAGGCCCUCAAUUUGGAAUUUUUCCGAAAAAUGAAUUAAUUGCAAAGAAGCGUGUUAUAAUUUGCACUUUGAAUACUUCAACAUAUUUGGUAUUUUUUAUUUAA